AUGCCGCCGGCAUCCACGGUGCCGCCAACGAACCCUCCUGCGCGUCGACGCCGCUCCACCGCCGCACCUGACCGCCAUGGCGGCACCAAGGCGGCCUCCACCUCGCACAAGCGCGGUACACAGCGCGCGCUUCCCGGCCCACACCCCUUUGGCGAUAACUCCACCCCCGGCCCGAGCCGCCCUCGCGGCGCGCCAUCGGCUACUCCUCUGUCGCGCCAAUCCUCGCCAACGAGCUCCAUGACGGGAAACGACGAGCGCACCGCCCGCUCAUUCUCCCCGGCAAGCAUGGACGACGACGAGCGGGCUCCCCGCCGGCGAGCCCCCAGGAACCCGCGCCCGCGAGAGGAGCUACACCCUCAGGAGGGGCCUGAGGACGUUGAGGUUCCGUACGAGGUCGUCACCGCGUUGAACACCUUUCUCGCCGACAUGCGCGAGUUCACGCGGCAGCUGACCGCGCACGAAGGCAACGGUGCAAUCCCGCGUGACUUUGCAGGAGCAGUCCUGGAGGCCGUCCUCACUGCUCAAGUCAUGCGCGGGGCCAUGACCGACGUCGUCGCGCGGCUGGACCACGACGGCCUCGAACUCCCGUCCAACGUGGUGGGGCAGGUGCUCGUCGACACGACGAGCUUCCUGCGACACUUGGCGCUGGACGCCAUCGAGGGGUAUCGGCUCCCCGGCCUCGCAGGCGGGAACGAGCGAGCACGGCGCCGACAAUGGUGGCGUGCGAGGGAAGAAUACAUCAGCACCGUUGUGCGUCGGAUGCGGGGACGUGGUCUCCGCCUCUCCGACGCCAACGACGCCGUGUAUGCUUUCCGCUCGGCGCUGCUCCGAGGUGGCCGCGUGGCUGACAUCCUCGACAGGGCGGGCACCCCCGAGGAGAUUGACCGCCUGAAGGCGGUGAUUAGGAGCCUGGUGGACCCCGGCCGUGCCGUUGUGCAAACUCUCUGGUAA